CCUCAGUCCUUUGCCUAUCGAAAGGAGAAAAUCAAGGCUAUUUGCUUUUUUCCUUCUCCGUCACUCGCCGUCAUAACGUCGGCGCCCCCUGCAGCGCCGGCCUCGUGGGAACAGACACACCUUUUUUCUCUGUGUCUGCGUCAAACCUGGGGUCUUCCCCGUUUCUUCGACAUCUGCACAUACCACCGAUACAUUGUACCGGCUAUAUGCAGCUUCACGACUCUUGGGCCGCACUCUUUGUCUCCCUCGCACGCUUGCAUCAACGCUGACGGACACUUGCUGUCUGAUAUCCAUCCCUACGGAGUACCUUACCCAACUACGGAUACUCACGCACAAAUCGAAACGAAACGACGUUUACCUAUCUGUACGCCCAUGCUGACUCGGAGGCUCGUCCAUCCACUCUUACUAUCACAUUUCCCUUGACCGGUAUCCAUCACUGGACCGGGCACCCUAAUAUCUCCGCUUUUUUAUGCCUGUACUAUACUUCGUACAGAGCGACCCCGACACUUUUGCAUAGUCACAACAUUGGAGGACGCAGUCCGAAUAUCAAUAGGUAUUAUAAAGCCUUGGAUCGGGAUAAUCGCGACUAGCCUCUCAGCCACAAGCGCAGUCGUGUACUCUCACCUGCGACUUUGACAGCUUCGACGGCUUACAGCAUCCCGCGCCGCCGACGCCUUCCAAGCCGAACGCUCUCGUCACUUUAUUCACGAUCUGCGGCUGGUUGCGCACCUUUACUUUCUGUGCGACCAUCCCUGUGCGACCUCACUAUACUGCAAGUCUGCAAGGACCGGGCACCCAAGGGCCGUCUUCAUCGAUUCCAACAAGAGGUUCAUGCGAGUUGUGCUUGACCGUCCGUCGCCUGUCAACUUUCCCUAGUCCGACCGACGCUCUUCAUUCUCGCUUGCAGGGGGACCUGGCAUCUCAUCACGCCAAAAAGUCUCGCAGACUCGCACUCCCCUUUGUUCCAGCUCGAUCCAUCCCUACCGAGCGGGCGACCACCACCAGCCGACCGCCCUAAAGUUCCAACGCUCUUCCCUCGAAGAAGUCCGUCUUAACUCUAGGUUGCUCCUAGCUCGCGACGUCCGCCCCUCCCCUUCCGUUGUUUGUGGCCCGAGUCGAUCCAUUUACGUUCCUGGUCUGGCUGCCAACCCAAGCCCGCGAUACCCCCGGCCGUACAGCUAGACUCAAGCUGGGAGACACAUAUUGCCCGUCCCACACGAAACAUUAACUUAUCAUGCUAAGCCGUCACGCCGCCGCCUCCACACCCGACUCCCCGAUGUCUUUCCCACGCCCAACCAAGUCCUCUGGAAUGGACAAGACUCAAACUCUACGCCGUGCACAUGGGCCUGAGAGCGUUGAUCCAGAAGACGAUCCUGCUUCCCCAAGCGCUACCCCCGGUGCUGCCUUAAACACCAACCCGCCUGUCCAGCCCGAGCCGUGUCGCAUUAGCUCGUCUGGAGCCGAUCGAAGCUUUCCUCGACUACACUCUGGUCACCAGAGACAGCACUCAGUUCCAAACUUCCCUUCUACCAGCAAAUCCGUCCCACAAGUCACCUUCUCGUCAUCCCUUGAGCGAGGGUCUGGCCGCCCCUUGUCGGUCAAUAUGCCUCUCACGGGAGACAGCAGGAAGCCUUCAGAUGCCACUCGAGGAGGCAUACUGAGCGGCUGGCUAGGUGGAUCUCCCAACAAUACAGAGGAAGCCAAGACGAACGACGAUACGAUAGAGGGGACGCCUACAAACAGGCUACGCAGAAGACAAACCGGUUCAACGGAGACAACACCCAAAGGAGUUUCGCCAAGUACAUCACGGUUCGCCUUCUUCAGCUCGCCCUUCUCCAAGAACACCCCGACACAAGUCAGCCCACAGCAGGAUGAAGAGUUAUUAUCUAUGAACAUCCAGGAAGCGCUCUUCCCUCCUACAUCUCCGACUCACAGAGACGCUUUCUCGCCUGCAGCCUUCAAAAACCUAGAGGCUACAGCCGUUGGUCUAUUAACAAAGUUCCAAACCGCCUAUCAAAGACAAAAUGCCGCCUUGAUAGAACUACGAGUCGAAAAGGACGCUCAAAACGAGGAAAACGAUGAGGCGGACACACGGAUCCAACACCUUAAGGUCCAGCUAGAAAAUAUGGCAAGCAAGGUGGCCGAGCAGGAACAGUCGAUGCAACAGCUUAUGACUGAACUAAACGCGGAGAAGAAGGCCAGGCAAGAGGAGCGGGCGAUGCGUGAAAGGAAUCGUCCCAUUUCCGAGGGGUCAUCAAUAUCCGAAGAUCUCGGCGCCGAAGAGGAUCAGGCCAGGAGGAAGUGGAGAAAGAGCGCGGGAUUUGACACAGAUGAGGAGAGCGUCGAGGACGCCAGCGUUUUCUCGAGGUCACGAAGUCCUACCACCGCCGCACCCAGCGUGUUCGAGGGCAGCAUAUCGGAGGCAUCAGCAACCCCAUCAAAGUCCAAUUCACUCGGCCCUCCGAGAACCUCACGACCGCCGCCGACAUCGAAACCGUCACCACAGCAGGCGAGCGUCUUCCAGAAACUUAUGAGAGGGGUUACAGGCGAUACUGCGAAAGAGGAGGGAGGCGCGGCAUCGUGUUCGAACUGCCGCGGGCAGGACCAGCGGGCCGCGUGGGAUACGGUCAGUCUACUGAAAGACGAGAACCGUGGAUUGAAGCAUCGUGUUGAGGAGCUGGAGUCGUGUGUCGACAGUGCUUUGGACGUCGUCAACGGGCUUAGACUUGACUGACUGUGUCGUCAUGUGUGAUCUGCAUACCCCCAACCGCGCGAGCUAUCCUCCGCGGCAUGACAGGCGUUUCCUGAGGUUCUUUUCAUUUUUUCCCGAGUUAGGAGUUUCUUCGGACAUGAUGGGACAAACCGAUACCAAUAAGCUGGCAUUGUUGAAAUCUUUGAGAGCGGACAUGGGAGCAUAUACCUCGUCACUGGUAGAUGAUUUGGUAGAGAAUGAAAGAAAUCUGUC